AGAUGGAGGAGAAGGUGGUUGGUGGUAAAGAGAAGAAGUAUGUGUUGUACACGGUGGUGGGCGAGGAGCGCGGGCGCGCCGGCGUGGGCGUGUGGGUAGUGAGGGUGCUCCUGGGCACCCUCCUGCUGGUGGCGCUGGCUGUCGUGCCGUACCUCUCCUUGCGGCUGGCGCAAGUCACCGACCGCACCCUGGUGGUGUUCCAGCCCGUGCCCGUCCGCAACCACUCCCUCCACCACCACCACGCCGUGGACCACGGCAAGAUCAGCCAUGUGGACGUCGUGAGCUUCCCCGUAAGUGCCUCGCUCACCAAGGAGAAUGCCACGGCGGAGGCAGCCAACGCCACCACCAAGGCCUCGGCCACCAACUCCAGCAGCAGCAACAGCUCCGGCAGCGGCAGCGGCAUCGUCACCCUGCACGAGUCCGCCGUGACCCUUGCCGUCAUGGAGGACACCAAUGCCACGCGGAAGCGCGGCAAUGAGUCCGAGGUGGAGGAGGCCGCGGUCGAGGAGGACGCAGGGCCGAAGGCGGGCGUCGAGGAGGACAAGAAGGAGCCCGAAGAGAACGCCACCACAGAAGACGCCGCCAGCACGUCGGAGGCUCCGGCCUCGAUAGCGCAGGUGGCGGCCGUGACGGACCAGGCCAGCCCCUCCACGCCCCCGGCCGUCGUCGAGAACAACACUGGCGUCGUGAACACGUCGCCCGCUCCCCACCACGAGAGCAACGCCUCGUCCGCCGCCCCCGUGGCUUCGACCGUCGCCGUGGUCGCGUCAACGUCUCCGGCCUCGACGCCCCAGACGCCGGCCAACACGACCGGCAAGGCCGCGGCGCCCAGCGCGAGCAACGUGUCGACGACGCCCUCCACCACUACCCCGAAGACGACCACGAGCCCCACCACCACCAGCUCCACCAGCAGUCGCCGGCCGCUCGCCCACAAGUUGGUGUACAUGUCCACCUCCGCCUCCGGCAACCACGUGGGCGGAUUCUGCGUGUGGAAGACCGACAAGAACGUGACGCGCUGGUCCUACUUCUACGAAAACAUUCCGAUCGAGUACCAGAGCCACCAGGACUCCUCCGACCACGAGAUGCGAGGGAUGCUGGCCGCCGUGCGGACGUGGGCGCCCCUGUGGAACGACCACCACGUCGUGCUGCGCUCCCACCACCCAGCCAUCAACGGCGCCGACCACCCCACGCGCCGCGCCCUCACCCGCGAGCUCGAGCGCCUCUCCAACGGGCGCUUCACCUACGAGCUGGAGUGGCGCCUCAAGAAGACCGACCGCGUGGUGGACAUCGCCUACUGCCUGUCCCGCCUCCACCGCGACUUCGCCCACUGGUUCCGCACCUUCGAGGGCCGCGUCGACGAGCUGCUCGGCCGCCAGGUGUGGGCAACGGCCAGGAUCAAGAACCGCACGCCCAUCGAGCAGGACGCGUUCCUCACCGACGACCCCGAGGACGAGGAAAUCCGCGGCGACAAAUGAGGGACCAGCACGGCGAUGCUAAGAAACUACCAAAGUGGACUCCAAAAAAAUCAUAGAUUUAACAUGAAAAAAGAAAAAGAAAAAAAAAAGUAGCAAAACGUGACUUCGCAAUAAAAGUGGUCGGGUCAGAGUGUACAAGUUGAAUGAAAUCAUAGACCCCAAAGAAAUGCAAAAUGAAAUACCUUAUCCCAUGUGAUACCUGCGCUGCGUUGGGAAGGUUAGCGAAGGAAACGAGCCAAGAGAUCCAUCUGUCUCCAGGGCCGUGAUCGCCAAAAAGGACCUUGUGGUUAGCUCUGAAUUCCAAGUCUACAGCUCCCUGGGCAAGAAAAUGAAGUGCGAUCUGGAAGCCGCUGAAGUGAAUAUAGUGCAUUGACUACUAGUUGAUGAUUUUUUAAAUAUAUAUAUAUCUAGCAUGAAAAGAUAAAGGUGGCAUGGUUACCAAUUAGUGUUUUUUAAAGUGCUUUUAUUGGAAAGUUUAAUGGAAAAUAAGAUAUUAACCAAAGGCAAAAACAUGCGCUAAAAUACAAAUAUAUAUAUUUGCUGGCAUGCUAAAGUAAAAAAAGAUAUGCAUAGUAUGUAUUUAUGAAACAUAAGAAUCUAGAUCUCAAGUGAAAUAAGAUAGAGAAUGAGUAUUAACAUAAGAUGAUAAUGACAAACUGAAGAGACGUAAAAGAUGCUUUGCAAAUUAGAAUGUUCAAAGAAGUAUAUGGAAUAAUCUAAACUCUUUUCCGAGAUUUUCAGUAAAUCUUUAAAUAAACAAAUAAAAAAUGAAUAAAUAGGUAUUUAAAUAACUAAGUAAAGUGAAAUAUCCAAAAUAAAUAAAUUUCCUUGCCUGUUUUCAUGGGCGACACAUCCAGCAUAUUCUGACGUGUCUUGUAUAGUUUGUGAAUUUUGUGAUUACUCUGUACACAGUAAUUGUUUAUCCAAAUGAAUUAAAUAGAUUUAGGUAACUUUCAGUAUAUGAGUGGACCGUUUGUUGUAGAGACCAUGGCUGAUACAGAUGUCCUUCACCAUCAUAGUCCGGUAGGCAGUGAGAAAUCCUGAAAUGUUUGUUGUUCAUAGUGCGAGGAAGACGACCCGAAGAGCUCGCCGCCGGAAUAGCCUAGCUGUGGUGUUCGCGUGUCCGGGCAUCCCCCUCGGCGACCCCCUGGCCGGCCACCGGACUAGCGGGAGUCGGGGGUGAUGCUAGAUCUACUUACGUUAGAUUGUAUACAGAUAUACAAAGGAACACCCUCUGACACGUGUGCGUGCGAUGUGGAUGCGUGCGGGUGUAUGUUUCCGCGCGCAUGUGCCCAAACACACACACACACACACACACACACACACACACACACACACACACACACACACACACACACACACACACACACACACACACACACACACACACACACUAAACAAGCCGUGUCAGGCCAGAGACACCAUGUCACUGUAAAUAGUUAAUCAACCUGCUUCUCUCUUAUCCUUUGUUGUAAUUUGUAUGGCAGUUCAUUCCAGCUAUUACGAAUUCGAAAUAUCAACAAUCAAAAUUUAUCUUUAGAAUCAAAGACUAUACUAGACCGCCACCGAUUAUUUGUAUUCGACAGGUUUUGCUGUAAAACACCGGGGCAGAGAAUGCGUGGGACAUGCAGGUCUUUCAGUCAUUUCCAAAAGGUGAAUCCAAAAAUAAAGCGAAAGAAUAACUCAUCUAGAAUGUGCGGCGCAUUGGCGGUUAGGGAAUUCCUCCCAGGAGAACCUCAUGGCCCGCCCUCGCUCUGCGUUCUUCGGGCCCGAGCUGGACCCACUAGUGUGUACCGUAGUGUAGGUGUAGCCCCUGAGUGAGUAGUCGGGGUGUACAAAGCUUGGCCUCACUCGCGUUUCCCUUCUACGUUCAUAGUGGUAAACAUGACCAACUGCUUGUCGAGCUUCUAAUCGGGAUGGCCGUUAGCUUUCUCUGUCUUGUUUAUCGUGUUUAUUUAUUUAUUUAUUUACUUCUUAACGGGACCUUCCGAUCGCCAAGUUAGAGGCGGUGAGUAUUUUCCACCGUAAAUUCAAUCCAGGGUUUUCUAAUCCUUAGAAAGGGUAAGCUAGAACGUCAUAAUAAUCCUUGCGUCAGGUUACGAGCCAACGAUGUGUUAGCGAGAUUUGCUGUCAAGGGUUUUGUUUACUACAGAAACGUAGGUCUAGCCUUCUGAGCUGUCCACGCGCCGACCAGUGAGGGCCGGCCGAGGGCAGGACUAUCUCUCACGCGUGUGCUUGUUUUCAUCACUUUAUGAGUGCUGUUACAACAGGUUAGCAAAUUUUUUAAUUUGUGCCUGUGAAGUGUGUGAAUAUAUAUACAUAUAUUAUUUUUCUUUUCACUUUCACGAAAGAAACAGUUACGAUAUCAUGCAUUUUAUGUACAUUAGGAGGUAGCAGGGACGACUGUUUACAGUUAUCUGUUACAUAUGUAUAUGAUAUUAAAGGCAUCAGAUCAUUACGUACUUUCGUUGAUCGUAACAAAAGACACCUCUAAAUCAACCAAAAAUAAAAUCAGAGUGAUUGUCGAGGAAGAGAAAUUAAUCUUUGCCUCAGCGGAGCCCCUGAGACGGAAAUAAAUAAUUCUAUGAUUGGACAGAUUUUCGCCAAGCCCAGCAUUCUAAACUUAACUAUGCACGCGAGUCAGUGCUGAUUCAGGGCGAAAGUUCGGAUCAGCAAGAGAUGCAGGGACAAAUGAAGACCUAAAAGCUAGGCUGCGGUUCAACUGACAUUCCAUCCUCGAAGGCCAGCGGUGCGGGAACGAUGCAGGAAGUAAGAGUCAUUAUACAUUAUCAGAUUGGAUGGCGGAGGCAAGAGAAUAUGGCUGAAGUUGAGCUUAAAGUGGAACAAAUGGGUGACUUUAAAGAUGGUGGAACUAAAAUGAAAUUGACCACACGUGCAGUAUAUUAUAUAAUGCGAUUCAGGUAGGAUUUAGAUAUACAAUAAAUGAAAAAAAAAAAAACAAGAUCAGAUUUUAUGAAGUAUGGCCCGAUUCGUUGACGCUGUCACAUAAAUAUUCACCGAAGAUAUUAUUUUGGGAAUGUUAAUUUUGCUUGAUGUAGACCGACAUGAGUAAAUAUGUUCGGAUUUCAAAACGAUCGUGGAUAUAAUUUGUCGGUUAUGAUACGGGAAAGAACUCACAAAAUGGGUUAAAAUAACUCGAAGUGAACACUGCAACAGUAAGUGAAUACAAGCGAGCAUUUUACAGUGUCCAAGAAAUCAUCCGAGAAGUUAACGCUGUAGUGAAGUGACAUGUUGCUAUAAAGAACGGAGAACGGAGAACGGACUUGCGAAAUACUAUGGUCCUUCGGUGGAACGGCAGGACUGACUUGGAUAGUAAAAUAUACGAAAGACUAUUAAGAUAACUUACGUCCGAUUCAUUUUUCAUCAUUGAAUUUCCAAUCCGCCGGUCAUUAAACUGCAAAUUGAUAUCACCCAGCAACAUAAAUCAGAUCUUAUUGCAUGUUUAUCGCCGGAGGAAAAAAGAGACAAAAAAUCAGCUCCGAGGUCAUUCCUCCGGGAGUAAAACAACACAAUUCCCAGACGGUUAAGCGGAGAAUGGAAAUCCCUGUGUCUCGCGCUGAAGAAAAGAAACCAACAGAUGUCGUCUCCGGCUGCUUUGGAUGCGCUGAGAGACACUUAAGUGCACAUUUAUGUCCUUCUCUCCACGACGCCUCCACGGCCAGGGCAGCAUCAUGCGGCCCUGCACCAGAAAACGCUAUCCCCUAUUGAUCCACGCCUACAAUCCCCAACCACCCUCCAGCCUGCUCUCUCUCUCUCUCUCUCUCUCUCUCUCUCUCUCUCUCUCUCUCUCUCUCUCUCUCUCUCUCUCUCUCUCUCUCUCUCUCUCUCUCUGUAAUUAUAAUUAUAAUCACGUCUUACUUUCUCCAUCUUUCUCUCUUUCUUUAUCAUUCUCUCACCCCUUUAUUCUCUUUCCAUCUCUCCCUCCCUCUGUCCCUCAUACAAAAGGCGACAUCGGUAGUUACAUAAGACUGAAUCUUUUCUGUUUCGCGAGAGGAAUUACAACCUUGAGCUCCCGAGUGUCACCUAAGCCCUCCAGGCAGCCUUGAAGCUCCAUUUCGGAGAAGCUAGAUGAAUAGACGGGAGGAGGAGGAGGAGGAGAAGGCACUCCCGAGCCACAUCUGCGUCUGCCAUGACUAUUGCUGUACUCAUGCUGCAGAUUCUAGGUCGUUCGAGUCUUUGGCUGUAUGUUGGGGGUAUUUUCACGUUUCCUUGUUCUUCAUUGCUUCCGUAGUCACGCCGUUUUAUAAAAAUAUUGACGAAUCACGCAUUGGAAACUCAGCCACGUCCCGUUACCAAAUUAGGAAAAAAAUGUUCUUCCAUCCGAUUAAAAAGGCAAAAAAAAAAACUACGCGUUAUCCGACCGGCCUUUAUUACCUUCGAAAUUUUCGGUUAACAUUUCCCUCGCAUUUCCGGAUUCAAAUCACUUCUAAACAGUAACAAGUCUAUUGGACCGAGAUAUACGAAUGAUGUUCCUGAAAUAGAUUGAGACAUAAAAGGCCUUUAGUUACCAUGAUGAUUCAGGCCAAUCGAACAUCCAAGCCGUAAAUUGCAUCCGAAUGUUGAUUACAUUAAUGAUGUUAGGGAAUAUUUAUGGGACAGAUAAGUGUUGAUUUGUGAAUGUUUACCAACCCAAAUGCAAUCAGGUCUCUAGGUAAUUUUGUAUCAUAUACACCAUGUAACAGAUAGAGACUGUGGGCGCUUAGAGAAUACAUUUUGUACUGCUUUUAAAUGGAUUUCAGUUCCGACAGCUCCACAAUGACGACGCCUCAUUAUAUGAAUGGUUCGCUGCAUACAUGUUAGAGAUCACUCUUAUAUAUAAAUGGUUUUAUUAAAUUCUUAGGGGAGACGAAGGUAAUGCCAGCAUCAUCUUGAGGCAUAGUGCAUAACAGAGGAACCAGAACCAGGCUGGGGAAAGCGAAAACGUAGGCGUGCCGGCAUCAGCGAGUGUGGCACUAAAGAAAGCUAGAUCACUGCAGUGCCGCUCAUGACGUGGCUCUGCGCCUCGGUUAUUGGGUCGAGUGCCGCUGUAUUAAAGGCUGAAGGGAGGCAGUACGUGUUGCCUUCCUAAGCAGGUCUUUGAGAAGGUAAAAGGGAGACUAUCGGCUAUUCUCGCCGGCGGUCCCUUGUCUGUGAGGUGAAGGUGAACCAGCAAGAUUUCUAUUAAUUAUAAGUGUGGUAAAAAAAGGUCAUUCUUUCACAAUAUACGCCAUCUUGCAGCUAAUUCAUUGUUACCUGAUUUGGGUUAUCCUUGGAGUAUGAUCAUGUUAAUGGAAUUUAUAUACUACUUGUAGACACGUAUGUGCAUACUUUUUGCCCAUUUCAGAAUGCAGAAUGAGUUAUCAUUAAAUUAAACACAACAUUGCCAAUAUUUCAACAGCACAAUAUUUUGCACAAGUAUAUUGUCCCCAGUGUUCUGUUGAUAUACCUAUGUCAUGAAACAUAUUUCACAUUUUAAGACUAAUUCAUAUGAUUGUGAAAAUCUCUUUUGUUACCUUUUGUGACAAUAAUAAGCCAUUAUCUUUUGUCUGUUUGUAUAUUUUGAGAAUAAAGCUUAUGAGGCUCAAA